AUGGUCGGAGGCGCCCUGCAAUACACAUUGGAUCGAUUCCGCACACCAGGCCCACCAUGCCCUCCAUCCCUCCGAGGUCGGCGAAUUGCAGUUUACAUUAAUCAUAUUUACCGAAAAUCGAGUGACGUCGUCAAUCGUCCGAUCUGUAGUGUACCGGCUAGCGUAAUGCGUUUGAAGGAAAGAUAUACGGACGACAAUGGAUGGACCCAGAAAUUCACAGGGAAGGAGAGAGACGUAAUUAACAUGGGUUCUUACAACUACCUCGGAUUUUCGCACAACGAUGGCCUGUGCGCGGAAGAAGCAGCCCGCUUCAUCGAUAUGUAUGGCCUUCAUAUUGGUAGCUCUAGGCAUGAAAGAGGAAAUCAUGUGGUUCAUGCUAUGAUUGAGGAAUGUGUUGCACGUUACCUCGGGGUUGAGGCAGCCAUUUGUUUUCCCAUGGGAUUUGGAACGAACUCAAUGAACAUUCCUUCACUCGUAGAUAAGGGAUCUUUAAUUCUAAGUGAUGAGCUCAACCACGCCUCUCUUGUCCUAGGAUGCCGAGUUUCUGGAGCCACGAUAACUGUGUUUAAACAUAACAGUAAUGACUGCGAGAACAAGCUACGAAACGCCCUAUGCUAUCCGAGUCAGAAAACAGGAAAACCUUUUAACAAAGUUCUGAUCGUAAUUGAAGGAAUAUACAGCAUGGAGGGGACAAUUGUGAACCUUCCGGAAUUCAUUCGUAUCAAGAAGAAAUACAAUGCAUAUCUGUUUCUCGACGAAGCUCAUAGCGUAGGCGUUGUGGAAUAUUGGGGUUGCAAUGCUGGCGACGUUGACAUUAUGAUGGGAACGUUGACGAAAAGUUUUGCGGCUGCUGGUGGAUAUAUGGGAGGACGGAAGGCAGUAAUCGACCACAUUCGAUGCAGUUCAGCCGGUCCAUGUUACGGGGCCGUGAUGUCUCCACCAAUAGUUGCCCAAAUAAUGCAUGGUGAAGAUGGAACAGAUACUGGAGCUCGAAAAGCAUUCCAGUUGUUGAGGAAUUCACGAUAUUUCCGACGUCGGCUAAAGCAGAUGGGGUUCCUCAUUUAUGGCCAUGAAGAUAGUCCAGUUGUACCGCUAAUGACAUUUUAUAUAUCAAAAGUUGUGGAAUUUUCUCGGCAGACACUCAAAUAUGGUAUAGGGCUUGUUGCUGUGGGGUUUCCGGCGACGCCGUUGACUAAGGCUCGAGUGCGAUUUUGUUUGAGCGCGGAUCACACAAAGGAGCAGCUGGAUUAUGUAAGUUUAGUAACAUCAGGAACAUUUAAUCGUCAACUCCACGUGGAGUUCGUAAAAUAG